CAUGCAGUGUUCUUUAUGGGAAAUGCUGCCUGUGUUGAGUUGGCAAACGCUUCGCACGCUGACCUAAUCCUGAUAUCCCGGCCUUGCUCUCUCUCCACUCUCUCUCCUACCCAGGAGGCAGGUCUGUGCGCGCAGUACCUCAGCUUUACACGGCUCACGUGGCAGACAACCAAUCAUGCAUGAGCACUGCCAUCAACCAAUCAGCGGGGAGCAUGAUGUUGGAGCUGCAAUGUGAACCUCCAUCACCCCCACCUCCUUUACCGCUGCUCUCUGAAAGCCCUGAACUGCUGCUCACAUGUUCUCUUUGCCCCAGUGUAGCUUCAGCAAGUGCCGCUUCUCCCCCCAUCUCGAACAAUCCUUGUUCACCAGCAAUCUACCCUGGCUCGCCCCCUUCCCCCAGUAUUCUCCCACCAGUUCAUCUAAAUAUACCCUUUCCACUUGACCUCAACAUGACCGUGUCAUGUGACCUUGACUGCACCUCUUCACCUGUGCCAAGCAUGGACCUUCUAUCAGAUAUGGUCCAACUUCCUUUAGACCAAAAUCCUGCUGAUCCACCUUCCCCAAACCCUUUCCUUCUAAUUUCCCUCGAUACGUCCCUUUUAUCAGCUCCUGGCCUUUCUCCUCCACCACCAUUAAUCCCCCUGUCCCCACCUCCCUUAGACUCAAACCAUUUACUUACAUGUGACCUCAAUAUGUCCCUUCCAUCGCCCCCCAGCCUUGUCCCUCCAACAACCACAAUCCCAAUGUCACCUCCUCCCUUAGCCUCGAACCUUGUCUUUAACAUGUUACCUCCAUGUGCUUCUAGCCCUGUCUCUCCCACAGAAAUGAUCUCACUGUCCCCACCUCCCUCAAGCUCAGACCCUGCACCCCCAUCAGAUCCCAGUCCUGCUCCUCCACCAGCCAUGGCACCACCAUCCUCACCUUCCAUGCCUGAGGCCAGUCCUUCUAGACCCAACACGCUGGCCCUCAAAACCUCACCCAGCUCACUAGGCAAAGAGAACAAGGACCCAGCAGGCGUGCACCUCGACGAGAAGAAGUUGCUGGAGGAGGAGCUGAAAAAGUGCAUUGAGGAUUUCAAAAAGAUCCGCAUCCCGAAGCUCUUUCCUGAUCGUAAGAGACACUGGCAGAGUGACCUGCUGAAGAAGUACAAUGCCUAGACCUUCCCCCUCUCUCGUGCUUGAAAGAUACACUGAGUAGGCUCAGCUGCAUAACACUGACAACAUUCAACCCUACGGCAAAGAAGAUGCAGAUUGUACCAUGUACCAAGUAUUUCGUACCAUUCAGGAAAACAACAUUUUUCGGUAGAAGGUCAAAGGUAUGUUUUUCUUCUUAGAAGAUGUCCUGGCAUGUUGUCUUGGCAUGUGCUAAUUUCUGUGACUCAACUCCUUAGGCACCUGGAGGGCAACCGUUAUCUGAAAAGUG